AUGCUAAUUUUGGUUAAAAUAGGGCUAUUGCUGUUGUUUUUUGGAAUUAUUGGAAUUUUUGGAAAAAACACCGAAUUUACACUCGACGACACCGAAUUAAGCGAGAAACUGUCACUAAGAAUAUUAAAGCAAGGGAAUCUAACAUCAGAACCGAUUAAAAAAGGUAGUAAAAUCCAACUCAAAAUCAAGUCAUUCUCACCUCAACUGAACCAACAAAUUACAGGCGAAGUUACCCAAACCUUCAUUGUAGGAGAACAUAAUAUAAAACCAUUGAAUGAAGCUUUGUUGGACAUGAGAAUAGGUGAAAUAAGGAGACUGGGUGUUCCAAUUGCUUCCUACGGCAAAAUCUUCUAUGAGUUCUCACUUCUCAAAACUAUAACACAUCAAGAAUUAUAA